AUGCCGGAGCAAAGGCAAGCAGGCAGAGAGCCGAGCUUCAUGAAUUCUGUCUUCAAGACAGCUUUUCAGGGGUUCGCCAUCUUCGGCCUCUCUCAGUUUGUGAUGCAGAAGAUCUUUCCGCCGAAACAAACCGGUGGACGCCUGGCUAUCCCCACUUGGGAGGGGAGACCAGACCAGAGCACAAUCGCCCACAGAGCAGAAGUGCCCCAGUUUGUUGCGCCGUUGUGGAAUCAAGACAAAUAUGAUUUGGAUAUCGAAAUAUUUCUUUCGCCAUAUGUGACCCUACCGGCGCUUGAUAAGGUACCAAAGGAUAUGAAGGUUCUAGAAGUGACAAACUUCACUGUUGGCGAUUGGAAUGAACACAGGGAGGUUGCGACGGAAAUCACUGUGCCAAAGGCAGUACAAAACAAUGGGACACUCUGGGCUCACUUCUACGUCGCACGUUCAGGACACCAGAUUGAUCCCAUGGAAAAAGAUUACAACCCUGAAACUGCGUAUCAUUUCAUUCGACCCCUAACCGAAUACCUGCCUAAAAAGAAGAUACCGAAAUUGAGGAAUCUUUUGGAUACCACUGAUGAAAUGGAACCGGUGGACGAGUCCCCAAAAGCGGUCCAGGUUGGAUCGUUCUAUCACACCAAUGUCACCCUCUCAGUGAUUCCUGAUAGUGGAAGUCUGAAAUAUCGGGCAAUGCAUCCUGGCGUCCGGCAGUUCAUUCCAUUGGAAAGAACCAGCGCAAGAGAUGUUUCUGGGCAAAAUGGAUGGUACUAUCCUAUCAUAUUUGUCAAUACAUUUUGGCAGCUAAGGAGCCAAAUGAUUGAGCUUAACUCCACCGUUGAAACCUUACCCCUUCGUAUUUCCUUGGAUAAUCUCAAGAAUUGGAAGUUCAGUAUCUAUGCCAGCGUUGACGAGAACAUGAAGCAGACGCAACGACAGGCGGCUUUCGGAGGCCCAGCUCCUCCCGGAAAGGACGGCACCGAAUUUGAGAUGGUCAAAGAGAUUCUCCUGGACACGAACAGUUAUCUCUUAGCGACAACUGGAAUUGUCAGUAUUUUGCACAUGAUCUUCGAGGGUCUUGCCUUUAAGAAUGAUAUCUCACACUGGCGUAAGAAGAAGGAUGUCGUCGGCACGUCCCUGCGCACGAUUCUUGCCAACAUCUUCAUGCAAGGUGUGAUAUUCUUGUAUCUGCUAGAUAACAGCGAGGGUACCUCCUGGAUGAUCCUUGCCGGUCAGGGAUUGGGCGUCGCCCUUGAGGCAUGGAAGAUCACCAAGACCGUAAAUGUCCGCGUGCGCCGCCCCAGCCCAGGUUCCCGCUUUGCGUUCCUACCAUACCACGUUGUCUUCGAAGACAAACAUGUGCUCAGUGAGACGGAGAAGAAGACCAAGGAGUAUGACGAAAUUGCAUUCAAAUGGCUGUACAUCAUUGCGGUCCCUUUAUUGGUCGCAUAUGCGAUUUAUAGCCUCGUAUAUGAGACCCAUAAAUCAUGGUACUCGUUCGUCAUUGAAACCUUGGUCGGCAGCGUAUAUGCAUAUGGCUUUUUGAUGAUGGUCCCGAGCCUUUACAUCAACUAUCGACUCAAGUCCGUGGCACAUAUGCCGGGCAAGGCGCUGACGUAUAAAUUCUUGAACACAUUUAUUGACGACCUAUUUGCAUUCACCAUCAAAAUGCCGACACUUCACCGUCUAGCAACUUUGAGAGACGACGUGAUUUUCUUCAUCUGGUUGUAUCAGAGUUGGAAGUACAAGGUCGAUUACAAGCGCGUCAACGAAUUUGGACAAGGUGGAGAUGAGUCUGAGGAGACUGCGGGAGAGAAGAACCAGGCUGAUGUUGCAAACAUUGAGAAGGAGGAUGAGGCUGCCGUCGCGGCUACUUCCUUGUCAUCUCCAUCCGGGUCAUCGAAGAGUACGACCCGAAGACGAAAGUAG